AUGGAAUACUGUUCCGACCAGCGCUCCGACGAGUCGGAGGACGAAUACUUUCAGAGGUGGAAGGAUGCCCGCGACACUUGGCGCCAGCAGUAUGUCGACGCCUACUACAAAGCAAAGGCGGCAGGGCUGCGACAGCUGGCCUCCAUCAGCGACGGCCAGUCUCCCAACGACAUAGCACACGUAAUCAUGCUCAUCGAACAAGACAUCAAGAUCGAUGCAGGGCUGGCGAGGCCCGAGGACUUCGAGCGACCCAGAACGCCGCCCCUGAGCAUCUCCGUCCCUGGCAGGUCCCUCAGCGAGGUCAGCGUGCCGCCCGAGCCCUUCGAGUCCUGGGCAGCCACGCCGCCGCCGCUCCCCUCCCCACCGAUCGAUGCCACUGCCGAUCCGACCUGUGCCCAGCGCGACCCCGUGCCCAAGAGAAAGAGAGACGAGGACGAUGAGACACCGGCCAAGAAGAGAAGGAUGACACAGACAAGACCAAGCACAACGCGCGGUCAGAGAAAGAGAGGCCGCGAGGAGGAGGAGGAGGAGGUCACACGCGCCACGCGCGCCAGAAAGAGGACGAGGAGGACAGACAUGCGCGCGCAGCCAGUAGCAUCACCGCCGCCGGCUCGCGCGACGUCGGGCCACAAGAGGAGACGGAGGCCUGAUGAUGAUGAUGCCCACGACCACGAGACGCAGGCCUCCCAGAAGCCAGGACGGCAAGGGCCAGGGCCCAAGAGAAGAAGAAUCGUCGAGAAGACAAGCAGUGAUGGUCGAGGCCACGGCACAGGACAGGCUGCUGCUGUUGCUGCUGCUGCUAUAAUGUCGUCGUCAUCCUCCUCUCGGGUCACCCGCGCACGGCGCCGGCAGCUGUCGGGCACGGAUACCCAGCUCCUGCAGCUCGGACAGCACGGCCAGGUCGACGUGCAGGAAGAGCGGCCAGCCAGCACCAGGUUAGAGGCCGGGACUAGGGCCAAGCACAAGAUCGACGCCGCCACCAAGGGAAGACGUUGGGCCGGGGCGAGAUAG